GGUCCAGGCUUGGCGUUCAUUGCUUAUCCUCAGGCUGUAGCCAUGAUGCCUCUGCCUCAACUGUGGUCCAUCUGUUUCUUUGUCAUGCUCAUUCUCUUGGGUUUGGACACACAAUUUGUCGCCAUGGAGGUGGUGAUGACGUCUGUCACUGAUAUGUUUCCUAAAGUUAUGCGCAGGGCAGGCCGACGGGAGAAGUUCCUCGCCCUCUUCUGCUUAAUAUGCUUUUCCUUUCAGCUUGUCAUGCUCACUGAAGGAGGGAUGUAUGUGUUCCAGAUGAUGGACUAUUAUGCUUGUAAUGGAGCCUGCAUCCUCUUUAUCUCUGUGUGUUUGAAACGCUGGCACUGGGAUGGAUAUUUGGGGCAGAUCGGUUGUAUGACAUCAUUAAGGACAUGACAGGGAUGAACGCCAACCCAUUUUUCAAAAUCUGCUGGCUCUACCUCACACCACU